UUAUAUCAAAAUAUAGAGCUUUGGUGCGCUCACAAUCACCUAAAAUGGAAAUGAUUGACUCCUUGUUUAAGCCAAGGGGAACUGAUGAUGAUGGCCUGAUUCGGGAGUGUCUGAUUGACUUCUACACCAGUUCUGGGAAGAGAAAGCCAGAUCAAAUCAUCAUAUUCAGGGAUGGUGUUAGUGAGAGUCAGUUUAAUGAGGUGCUGAACAUUGAGUUGGAUCAGAUAAUAGAGGCAUGCAAGUUUUUGGAUGAAAAAUGGAAUCCCAAGUUCACAUUGAUUAUUGCCCAGAAGGAUCAUCAUACGAAAAUUUUCAUUCCUGGCGCUCCAGAAAAUGUGCCUCUUGGUACCGUUGUGGACAACAAGGUCUGCCAUCCAAGGAACUAUGACUUCUGCAUGUGUUCCCAUGCUGGAAUGAUAUUUUCAGGCCAUCCGUGCAAAUAUAGAUAUGGCUCCAUUCAAGCUGGAUAUUGAUGAUCUGAUAGCUGAUUAUGCCAAGGUAAAUUUUGUCAAAAAAAAUUAUGUGUUUUAUGUAUGUAGCUGGAUAUUGAUGUGUGCAAAAAAUUAUAUACUUGGAUGAGUUGGUUUGGAAGCAUGAGAUAGUGUUCUACAAAGACAAGUAUAAGAAAGCAACCAGAGAGAAAGAGUGAUUAAAAACCAAG